GGAGCGGGGAGGUGGGGAGGCGGGUGGGAGGGUGGACAGCCGAGGCCCGCCUGUCGGUGUCAAACGGGCCGCGCGCGUCCACCCGCCCGCAUGCCAUUAGAUUUUCGUCGUUUUCGAUGAAAACGCGUCCCCGUUGACGGUACGGAGCACCGGCGACGAUAAUUCCGAGGCAUCGACGUCGAGUUUAACCGAGUGUCAACGCGCGGCGUAGGAGUGUCACGACGUAAAUCGCGCGAGCCUCUGCGACCAGUGCGUCUCCACGGAGAGAGCGCCUUCUUUCGCGACGUGGAAACGGACGAGGAUAAAGGACGACGUAUCCUUGCCGCGAAGACAACGAAAGGAGGUAGCUCUACGUAGUGAGAAUUCGCGAAUCAUCAGGGUGCGCGCGAAUUUCGGGCGAGGGUGGCACCCGAGAGGAGGAGAAGGAGAAGAAGGAGGAGAGGAGAAAAGGAGGAAGAAGUUGGGACACGCGAAAGGAGCGAGGGAGGGAAGAUAUGUCCGCUGUCGAGAGUGCCUUGGACGUCCUCUCCAGAGCGGCGACGAUGGUGCAAGAGGAGAGACCGAAAUCGACGAAUUUGCAUCGGAAGCCGAGCAGCGCGUGGCGCAAGGAGCGUAGGAGAGAUCCGAUUCAGAGCGAAGCGUUGGAUAUGUCGGCGGCCCGGCAGCAUCAUCAUCAUAGCAGACCGAGUGUGAUUGUUCCCACCAUGCCACAAGCCGGCACCACGAUCGAAGACUCAGCGGAGACGCCGACAGCGAUGCCUACCACGGCGGGUGGACAAAGGACCGGCAUCAGGACAGCUGGUGGCGUCAGCGAUCCCGCGAUCGAUGAACACUUCAAGCGAUCAUUGGGCCCAAAAAAAUACGCGGCCGUCUUUAAUGCCACUAAUACUGACAAGGAAACCGGCCUGAGUGUUGAUGAUCACUUUGCGAAAGCGCUCGGCGAGACUUGGACAAGGCUUAAGGCGAACAAUCGAAGCAAGGAAUCCACCUAACCAUUGGAGAAAUUCGUCAGGAUUCUUAACGUCGUUCUCGUUGUCGUCCUCGUUGUCGCUUGACGACUAUCGUAACCCAUUUGGGUGAAAUCGUUCCAAUCUCGC